CCUCCAUAUCAGCGUGGCCAUUACUCCGCGUUUCUACGAUUGUUGUCAGUAUGAUUCACCAAAGAAAGGUGCCCCUUGGAGUCUAGUCACGCACGUGCGCGCGGACCCCGCGCGACGCGCGCGCGCUCUCCCUGUUGCUUUGCCGAUAGUUGCGUAACGUGCGCGCUUAUAGCAGAGCGACGCGCAUAUUCGUAUACCCUCCCCCUUUAUUUCGUGAACUAACCAAGAUGAAGCCUUUUUUCAUUGCUCAUUUUUUGUUGACGCUAUCUUCACCCGUGAAGGAGGUGUUCUUGAUAGCGGCAGCCUGUCUGAUUUCAGCUGCACAGGAGAUUUCUCUGGAGAGGACUAAACCGGACCCCCAGCAGUUGCCAUGUCCACAGCAGAUGAUAGAGUUCCAGUGUGAAAUACUGGUACCAACUACCACACUAAUAUGGGGUCUACAUACUGGACAAAUGCUGGAGUUUGGAGUCCUGAGGAGUGUCGGAGAUGUUCGUUCCUCGUCUGACAAUGUAUACAGUGCCACUCUGACUGGGAAGAGAGAGGAUAAUGAUCCAGACACUGAGAGGUUCUUCUUCGCCUCAACUCUGCUGAUUCGGGAGCCUGUGAAUCAAACAACUCUGACGUGUACUGGAGGUGGUGGAGCAGAUCCUGUGGACAAGAGCACCACAAUAAAACAGAGUGGUAUUCCAGACCCUCCCAAUGAUCUGGGAUACAACGAUGGAGUAGUGAUAGAGAGAUCAGUGGAUCUGCAGUGGACCAGACCUUCCUAUACUGGGGGAGUGGCUGUAGUCAACUACAGAGUCAGUACCAGUGGUGGCACAGUGACGGUGGAAGACACCAGCGAGGACGUGAAGUAUUCUCCUGGUCUUGUCUAUGGAGAGGUUCAGGUCCUAGCUAUCAAUACAUGUGGUCUGGAAAGUCAGCAGGCAGCUAUAAACAUACCUGCUGCAGCACCGCUACCGCUCUCAAACUUAAGUGUUGCGCUAAAUUGUGAAGCUGAUUCAUCGCCAUGGACGAUUAUAUGGAUGAAUGGACAAAGGGAAGAAGGAGUUGUGUAUCCUGAUGUAGAACUCAGUGUGAAACUGACUCGCACAGAUGAAGUGGCUAGUAAUGUAACUGAGAGUGAUCCCUGCUCUGAAGUGACUGCAGCUGAUACCAGUUGUACUGUAACACUUCCCAGAGGCAUCUAUAAUGUUACUGUCACUCAGUCCAAUGAUGUUGGCUCUUCAGUGGACAGCAAUCUGUUUGAUACACGAAGACUUAUUGUGGAAGCAAUGUUAGGAGAUGAAAAGCCAUUGAGUGUGACUGUGACAGUAAAUAUUUAUUGUAAGAUAACAUGCCCUGCCAUAGUAAUGUUUGGAACACAACCAGUCAGCGGUGGUAGUUGUGAUAUCCAGGCAAAUACCACUAGUGAAGAGCUUCUCUCUGCUGGAAACAAUGCUACCUUCUCAGUGGAUACUGGCUCCAUUGCUCGAGCAUCUGAUGAAAGAUACUGCUACCAUAUCAAUUACUGUGAACAAGAUGAUAAUGGUGGAAGUGGCGAUGGCCUUUCGACUGGUGGUGUGAUUGGAGUUGUAAUUAGUUGUGUGGUUGGUAUUGGAGCCCUUCUUCUCUUGAUCUUUGUGAUGGUGUACUGUCGCAGAAGCAGCUCUAUUUUUAAAUCAACACCCUGUUUUGAUGGGACUGAGAAUGCAGAUAUUGAUCUGGGACACCAGGUAUUACAGCAUAAUAAUUUUACUGCUCCCGCAAACCCCGCUCCCCCCAACGAGCCUCAAGACUUCGGCCAAGACACCCCCUCAUUUGAAGCAACCAAUGUCUACCAAGACACUUGUGACACCUCCCAAGAAAUCGAUACGACUGUUGACCAUACCGAGCUAGCUACAAUUGAAGAUUGAUCCAAGCUAUACAAGAAGAUAGUGAAAUAAUGAGUAGUGUUGUUCUCUUUUUAUAACAAACUGAUUUAUUCUGGCAGUGGUAUUAUAGUAUUAUUGCUCGUACUUAGUAUGCACAAAAAAAAGUUUCAAAAAGGUUUUAAGGGUCACAUUGCUGCGCUAUCUGUAAUUUAGUGCAACUGUGAAUACUCCAUAAUGAUGUUUCAGUUCCGCCAAAGAUCACCAAAAUUCAUGUGGAGUUUAGUUGUGAUGUACACCUUCAGAGUCCCAUACCAGUGAGAAUUGAGUGGAUGGUAAGAGACUCACAGUCAAAAACAGAGUGUUGCACCCUUACCCAACAGUAUGGAGUUGUCGAUGAGGGAGUGGUGUAUCCAGGAGAUUUGGAGUCGGUGCUGGAGCUGAACAAUGGACCAAUCAUCUGCUCUGCAGUUGCUGACACCAGCUGUACUGUGACACUCCCCAGAGAUGUGUACAACAUCUCUAUCACCCAGUCCAAUGACAUUGGCUCUACUGUGGACAGUGAAAGUUUUGAUAUGGCAGUGCUAGUUGUAUCAGAGCAAUUUUCCUUGAUGCUAAACACUCAAUUGUUGUUUGUUGUCACUGUGAGAAGAAACAGACUGUGUCCAGAGACUAAGUCUCCUGUUCUGGUAACAUUCGGAACCAGAGCAGUGACUGGAGGAGAGUGUGAGAUCCAGCAGAAAGCAACCGAAAUGACUAUCUCUUCUGGAGACUCUGCCUCCUUCUAUGUGGAUGCUGCGUCUAUGUCCUUGGGCCCCGAUGAGACUAUCUGCUUUAUAGUCAGCCUUGAUGGACUACCUGGUAUAUACGUUGCCCAG